AUGAAGUCCUUCACCUCUGCCGUUCUCCUCCUUGCCGGCCUUGCCGCCGCCAGCCCGGUGCAGAAGCAGAGCCCCUACGAGGUCACCCAGUUUACCGCCAGCAAGACGCACAACAGCGGUUACUGCACAUUCUCCUUCGACGUCUCGACCCACGGCAUCGCAGAGCCCGCCCACUGCACUGCCUCAGCGGACGCCGGCUUCUCAGGCGCGACCUACCUCGCGAUGAUCUACGAGGGUCUCGGCAAGUGUGACAACGCCGACGUCACCUGGACGUUCUACCAGCCCUCCGCCGUCGAGACCGCCCCGCCCAAGGAUGCCACCCUGAACGUGACCAUUAACGGCGUCCGCGGCAUCUACACCAUCCCGGGCAGCGACAUCACGGCCAGCUUGAACGACCCGCAGAACCCGUUCGACAACGAUGUCUCGUACACGGGGCCCAAGGCUUUCAGCAUCACUAAGUUUGUGAAGGUUGAGGAACAGGAGUAA